AUGAAGGAGUUGUCGAGACUUGGACUGGGUAUUAAUACCAAGAAGUCAGAAGUUAUUACAGUAGAACAAGAAGAGAUUUUAUGGAGUAAAGGCUUGUUAGGUGAAAGUAACCCACAGCAGUUAUUGGAUACUCUUCUUUUCUUGUUUGGAUUACAUUUUGCACUGCGAGCUGCUCAAGAACACAGGAAUCUAAGGUUUGGUAUGAACACUCAAUUGUCUGUUAAGUAUGACUUAGAAGGUAAAAAAUAUCUGCAGUACAUAGAAGAUGUUUCAAAGACAAACCAAGGUGGUUUAGAUUACAGGAAAGUCAGUCCUAAAAUGACAAGAGCUUAUGAAAAUUCUAACCCAUUAAGAUGUCCAGUUAGAUUAUAUGAAAAGUAUAUAGCUCUGCGUCCAAAAAACGGUACAGUAGAUGCAUUUUAUCUGCGUCCCAAGAAGAUGCCAUGCUCUGAUGUUUGGUACUGUGAUUCUCCUGUAGGAAUUCAUACCAUACAGUCCACGGUUAAACGUUUAUGUCAGUCGGCUGGUAUAAUUGGAAACUUUAGUAAUCAUUCCCUUCGUGCCACAGCUGCAACUCGUUUAUAUCAAGCUGGAGUGGACGAGCAAUUGAUCACUGAAAAGACUGGACACCGAUCUAAUGCUGUACGAGCAUAUAAAAGAACAAGUGAUGCCCAGCAAGCCUCUAUGAUCAGUGUAACCUCCCUCCUGUCUAUUGUUAUUCCAAGAUCUUAUAUCUUAAAUGAAUUUGUUGCUUCAAGCUUCCUGGCUAUAGCCAUUCAUAGAUUCUAUAAAUUAAUCAUGUUAUAUUACGAAGGUGAAGACAACUUUUUAAAUGAAAUGAAGAAUGAGAAAAUACAGUUAAACAGGCCGCCCUUUGCUAGGUGUUGUUUUAUGUGCCCUAAAAUUAACGUCACUAGGUAUUGUACAUUAAUUGAUUUAUUAUUAUGUUUUGGAGAAUUUCGUGUUGUACCCAACCUAUGA